AAACAAACGAAAGAAAACUAGCUUCAUGAUUUAUAUAGAUAUAACAUGGCGACAACCGUAAGCAUAUCGAAAAAAACUUUUCGGACUGUAACGAAUGGUCAGUGGAGUGGGACUGGAGUUCAAGGCUAUGUAGUAGGCGACGUGGACAAAAAUCCUUCUGAAUCGUUUUCAAUUUCUUGUGUCUGGCAGAGUAAGAUCAUAGAGAGCAGUGAUCUAAAAGAAGACGUUGAGUCCUGUCUCAGCCAUUUUCCAGGAGGUAAAAAUGUUGUGGGCUUUGUAUUUCUUCCAUCUGAACGUUCAGUGAAAAAUUUGAUUGACAAUGAUCAAGCUGGAAUUGAUAGAGAAUUUGAAGAAGCUUUUGACACAUAUAGUGUUUGGUUGGAACCAUUGUGUCUGGCGCAGGUAGUCAUUUUGUGUCUGUUCAGACAUUCUCCCUCUGACAGAGAGUGGCAGACAAUGUUUUUUGUCAUGAACGAGGAGAGUGUAACAAAAGUGGAUUGCUCGUUCAGUGAGGAAGUCAAACCUGUAAUCAAAAUGCGAGUUAGAGCUGGUAUCGACAUCACAGUCUCGACUGAAUCAAACACUGAUGACCAGUUAAAGUCAGCACUUGACUAUGAAUUGAUACGACUGCAGAAUCAGUGUGGGAAUUUUGUGUUUGCCUUUGAAGACAACACAGUUAUCCUUGAAAGGCCAGGGUCAUUUGUGGGCUCACAAUUAGGCUGGAAAUCCUGCCGGGAUAUUGUCAAAUAUUACAAUGAAAAAGAGGGCAGACCUAGUGGAACAAAGAAAAAGAAUGCUGCACAGCCACAGUUCAUCAUUCCAGUGAGUAUGUUACACUUGAUAACUAUUGAGCCAAAGACAACUCUACAGUAUGCUCCAAUCAUACAGCAUCAUAUAGGAACCUUUCAGUCAACAAGCCUUUCUCUUCCCAUUGAUGUGCUUGCUGAAGUUUCGGAAAAAACAUCCUUCACAGAAUUGUUUAGUGUCUUGAGUAGAGCUGUGUAUCGGCAGAUUACAGCACUGUUUAACUGUUUGUCUCUGUAUACACAGGUACCAUAUGACAAUGAAUGUUUAAAAAAUGGGUGGGGUGAAGUCUUCCUUAAACCCUCAGAACAUAAACUACACACACCUGAAGUCUUUCAUUUCAAACCUCAUUGUGUUGACACUUCCAUCACUCUAGUGUAUCCAAAAGGCACGACAGAAAAAGAGCUUGAAAGAGAAAGAUUAAUUUUGCAUAACCAUUUGUGCCUCCCACUGGACCAGCCGUUGUUGCGUAGAGGAAGUGCCGGAUUGUUUUUGAAACAGACUGCUCCUGGAGGCUAUUUGUUAAAUACACAUAUUGGGCUUAAUGAUCCGCCAGUGAAGCCAGCAACAGUAGCUCUAGUAGAAGGCUACUACAGUUACCACCAUUAUAUGCAGGAUCGAUUUGAUGAUGACAAGUGGGGAUGUGCCUACAGGUCCCUCCAAACCAUCUGCUCCUGGUUUAAAUAUCAGGGCUAUACAGAAAGGGAUAUUCCAACGCACAGAGAAAUACAACAGGCUCUCUAUGAUAUUGGGGACAAAGAGCAGAAAUUUGUUGGCAGCAGACAGUGGAUUGGAUCAUUUGAAGUGAGCUACGUCCUGGAUCAUUUGCUUGGUGUGACAAGCAAAUUUCUGACAGUUGGUUCAGGUGCAGAACUCUCCACCACUGGCCAAGAUUUAAUCAACCAUUUCCAGACACAGGGAACUCCGAUCAUGAUUGGAGGAGGUGUCCUGGCUCAUACCAUCCUGGGUGUAGCUUACAGUGAAGUCACUGGAGAUAUUAGUUUCUUGAUUCUAGACCCACAUUACACUGGAGGAGAAGACAUAAAGAUUAUACAGGACAAGGGAUGGUGUGGAUGGAAAGACAUGUCCUUUUGGAACAAGACAGCUCACUACAAUUUGUGUCUACCACAGAAACCAACCCUCGUAUGAGCUUUCCAUCUUGAAUAAACUUGAAUCAAGUUAUGCAGAGCUGAAUGAAAUACUAUUAGCCUAAAGGGAAAUCAUUGGCCCUUAGGUACAAACUUAGUGCUAGAAGUUUGUUCAGCAUUUGAAAUUUCAUGUCAAACACAAGUAAACAUUAUUUCAAAAACUUUAUAAAAAAAAUUUAAAAAGACCCUUGACCAUCAUUAGUGAAUAGAAAUGAUUUCCUAUGAAGUUUAUAUUUCUUUAUUGACACUAUGUUUUAAUUUAUAAAGCUGCAUGAUGUUUUUAAGUUGUGUAAUAUUCUCUUGUGAUUCUAUUGACUGUUGAUCUUAUUGACUUUAUUGGUUGUUGAUUUUAUCGAUUGGGUUGAAGGUGUAAACAUUUUUUUUUCUUUGGGGCUUCGAGAGAAACAGAGUUUGUUUUAACUUAUCAUCCUAUGGAUGUUUUCUUCUUUGGAUUGAAUGAACUGGCUGAGAUGUUUAAGUAGCACUAUAUCUUUGAAUGUCUGGCUGAGAUGUUUAAGUAGCACUAUAUCUUUGAAUGUCUGGCUGAGAUGUUUAAGUAGCACUAUAUCUUUGAAUGUCUGGCUGAGAUGUUUAAGUAGCACUAUGUCUUUGAAUGUCUGGCUGAGAUGUUUAAGUAGCACUAUGUCUUUGAAUGUCUGGCUGAGAUGUUUAAGUAGCACUGUGUCUUUGAAUGUCUGGCUGAGAUGUUUAAGUAGCACUAUAUCUUUGAAUGUCUGGCUGAGAUGUUUAAGUAGCACUGUGUCUUUGAAUGUCUGGCUGAGAUGUUUAAGUAGCACUGUGUCUUUGAAUGUCUGGCUGAGAUGUUUAAGUAGCACUAUGUCUUUGAAUGUCUGGCUGAGAUGUUUAAGUAGCACUGUGUCUUUGAAUGUCUGGCUGAGAUGUUUAAGUAGCACUAUAUCUUUGAAUGUCUGGCUGAGAUGUUUAAGUAGCACUGUGUCUUUGAAUGUCUGGCUGAGAUGUUUAAGUAGCACUGUGUCUUUGAAUGUCUGGCUGAGAUGUUUAAGUAGCACUAUGUCUUUGAAUGUCUGGCUGAGAUGUUUAAGUAGCACUAUGUCUUUGAUAUUUAGAGGAUGAAUGACAUAAGAAAAGUGUGUGUACUUACUAUUAAAAAAGUAUUCAUUCAAA